AACUUAAAAGUCAACGUAGAAAUGCAUUUUAUAAAUAAAGUACAUGGUUAUUGGAUGAACUCGGUGGGACAAACAGCCAUUGCUUCAAACGUUGUUACAAUUAACCUUAACCAGUCCACAUUUUGUCAUCGCCACGUUCAGCAGGAGACAACGUUGUCUCACGUUCAUAUAGGAAUGUAUGAUGUAGAACAAAUAUACUUCUAUGGUAUGUAGAAUAAGUAAUCACAUCAGCUCAUUGAAUAUCUAUCUGCAACGUUCCACAACGCUGAGGUAUCAGCUACUUAACCUAACGGUCCGGAACACACCCCUUUACGAAAGUAGCACAGGAGGCAACGAACUGUUGAAAACGCUGCGUUUGUUUCCAAACGUGCCUGGAGCAGCCGAGACAUCUGACCUAUGUCGUCACCAGAGAUCGCUUCCCUGUCCUGGGGACACAUGAAGGUGAAGGGCUGCUCCUCUUCCUAUAAGGACUGUAAGGUGUGGCCCGGGGGUAGCCGCGCAUGGGACUGGAGAGAGACUGGGACGGAUCAUCACCCUGGAGUGCAGCCUGCAGAUCUGGAGGAGGUGCUUCAGAAGGGUGUGGCGACUCUGGUCAUCGGGCGGGGCAUGAGUGAGGCGCUGCAGGUCCCGUCCUCAACUGUGGACUUCGUGAGACAGAGAGGAGUGGAGCUGAUAGUUCUGCAGACAGAGAAGGCCAUCGCAGAAUACAACAACCUGGUUGGCCAGGGAGCCACGGUGGGUGGCAUCUUCCACUCUACCUGCUGAUGACAUACCACAGGUGGCCAGUAGGAGAACUCUGAAAGCCUGGUGCGAUUCAACAUGUCAUUCAUUACAGCACACCAUAGCAAAAUGUUUUGCAAUGGACACGUCCAUGUAGUCCCUCCCUGUUUGGUGCCUGAUGAACACAACCCUGGGGUGUAUUAGCGAAGUGAAACAUUCAGAACACCUUAAUGAAUAGCUAAAAUGACUUGCUGUGAAUAAAGGCUUGUUUUUGUCA